AUGUUUACCAAGUUGCUUUUGUUUGCUUUUCUUCCUGCAAUUACCAGCUGCCAGGCUUCUAAUGCAAGAAAGCUUGGAGGAUUUGGUGAAGAGAAGACAGUUCUUAACCAUUUACAUGCCUAUGGCGUAGGUGGAGGGUAUGGUGGCGGAGCAGGAAUUGGGGGAGGAGUUGGACUUGGAGGUGGAUAUGGAGGAUUUGGAGGCGGUUAUGGUGGUGGAAAUGGAGGAUUUAGUGGUGGAGGAGGUGGUGGGAUAGGCGGUGGGGGAAAUGGUGGAUUUGGUGGUGGAGGGGGUGGUGGGAUAGGCGGGGGUGGAAAUGGAGGCGGUAGUGGGGGUGGCAGUGACUAUAGUGGUGGUGGAAAUGGAGGAGGAGGAGGCGGCGGCUAUAUUGGUGGUGGUGGUGGGGGGAUAGGCGACGGAUAUGGAGGAGGCGGAGGCGUUGGCGGAGAAUUUAUGAAUCAGCUACGACCUUGA